AUGUGCACACACUCGCACACACCUCUGCGCCCUUUUGCCUAUGUACAGUCGACAUUGGCAGAAGACGCCGCCGCAUCACCGCUGACACAGACGGCCACAAAGGCGCGCGCGCGCACAGCGGCGGUUGUCAUUCGCUCUGCGGCCCUUCGUCGCCGUCCUACUUCCGGCUACCCUUCACACUCCUGCAGAGGCGCGACCAUGUCAAGCCCCUGCGCAGAUGGUGUGAUGCCUGCACCCGCAGAAGAGGCGAAGAUGUCUGAGCAACCAGCACCGAAGGCGCCGCCGCUCGAGCCGAUUAUUCCAGGCUGCACACCGUACAAAUACUACCGCGUCCCUGAAGGACUCAAGCGAAUACGCAGGAAGCAGAAGGUGGGUAUCAUCUUCGGCUACGUCGGGGAGUGCUACUGCGGGUUGCAGUGGAACCACCUGCCCGAGUACCCAACAGUCGAGGAGGCCCUGAUGAAAGCGCUCUUCGAGACGGACAUGAUCAGCGAAGUGAACUUUGCCAACUUCAAGGUUCAGCAGCUGCUCAACUUUGAGCGGGCCAGCCGCACCGACAAGGGCGUACACGCGCUUCGCAACGUCGUUUCUGUGGCCGUCAUGCUGCCGUACGACCCCGCCUACGCCAAGAGGCGUCUGGCAGCCAUGCAGGAGCAUACCAAAGGCACGGCCGCCGGCGAGACGCAUAACGUAGACGGCGACAGCGAAGAAGAUGCGAAUGACGCCAUCUUCAGUUGCGAGGAGGCCAAGCGGCUCCUGAACAAGGCUCUUCCCCGCGACCUUCAUGUCUACGGCGUUGUGCCGGUGACUCGCAGCUUUAACGCCUACUUGAACUGUGGCGGUCGCCGCUACGAGUACUACCUGCCCACCUUCUCGCUCAUGACAGAGGAGGAGUACUCCAAGACGUACUUUCCUACCUCCCUAGCGCCCUCCCAGCCAACAUUGAAGGAGGUGGGUUUUGUGCCAGGCAAGCAUGGCAAGCCCAGCGCUCCGCGCGCCGCCCUGGCGACGGAGGAGGAGGAAGAGGCGCAGCGACGCAAGCACAAGAACAGCGGACGCAAGAACAAGGGGCACUUUCCGAAGCGCAAGACGGCCAAGACGGCUGCACGCACUGUGGAGACGGCAGAAGCGGGAACCGCGCCGCCAGACUCGACGCCAACGUUGGAAGGUGAGGGUGGCGCCUCCGUGCCUGAAACCAUGGCGCCGCGGCACGCUGAGCUCCUAGGCUCGUCUUCUGAGACCGCUGCCGACCCGACGAACCCAAUCGCGCGGAAUGAUGGCGCGGCGAGAGAAUGCGACAGCGACACGGAGAGUCAGGACAGCGACGUGGAGGUGCAGGCCGCACUGGAGAGAGUUUCGAAGCGCCGCCCGUACGAAGACAACUACGUGACUCACUUUCACGAUGGACUGUUUGAGUCGAUGAUUCUCUUCCGCACCAUUCCGACUGACGCGAUGCGCCACAUUGCCCGUUACCGCCUUGCCGCGGAGCAGCUCCAGCACAUUCGCCGCCUCUUCCACGAGUACGAGGGGACGCACUGCUACCACAACUUCACGCCUGGCGGUCGCAGCUACGACGCCUCGUGCUAUCGCUUCAUCCGAGGUGUUAGCGUGAGUGACCCUUUCAUUGUGUCGCCAGAGGAGGCACUUCUGCAGGACAGCAUUGAUUGUUGGUCUCUCAACCACUUCUACUCCCCCGACGAACGGGUGACCGCGACGUAUGCGGAGUGGAUGACCGAAGGCGAGACGACGGAACUGCAAAAUACCAUCACGUUCGCGUCAGAGCAGGGGAAGCUGCAUGUUCCGAAGAGCGUCGACACGGCGCUGCAGGAGCGCAUGCGCCAGCACAUCCGCGACGUCUACGCUGGUGGCAUUGAGGUUGUGCGCAUCGAGUUGGACGGGCAGAGCUUCAUGCUGAACCAGAUCCGCAAGAUGAUUGGCGCGGUGGUCUGCAUUGCCGCUGCCGGGCUUCCUCUCAAUCACAUUCGCGACGUUCUGCUGCGCAAGGGCGUGCGGCGGGGCAUCCCGAUGGUGCCAGCUAACGGACUCUUUCUUUCGUACCUAGACUUCUCCGGCUACAAUCGGCGACUGAAGCGCAUCCAAAGCGAUGGCAAUAACGGCUCUGGCAAAGCCACGCUCGACGUGGAGGCUGGCGUGGACGCCGAAGAGGUCGAGUCACAGCGUCGCCGCAUCAUUGCCGUGGUGCUGCGCAACGAAAUGGCGGAGGACAUCAUGGGGAAGUGGAUGCGCUCUCUCCGUCAUGUACUACGGCUGGCAUGGAAGCACACGCUCGACUAA